UGACACCAGGGCCUCCAAACGUGGAAGGGGGCAAGCCCACCUUGCACCCAUGGGCGACUGGAACCUGCUCGGGAGACUGCUAGAGAGCGCCCAGGAACACUCUACGGUGGUGGGCAAAGUCUGGCUCACCGUUCUCUUCAUCUUCCGCAUCCUGGUCCUGGGGGCGGCAGCAGAGAAGGUCUGGGGGGACAAGCAGUCCAACUUCUCCUGCGACACCAAGCAGCCCGGCUGCCAGAGCGUCUGCUACGACCAGACCUUCCCUAUCUCCCACAUCCGCUUCUGGGUGCUGCAGAUCAUCUUCGUCUCCACGCCCAGCCUCAUCUACAUGGGCCACAUCCUGCACCUGGUGCGCAUGGAAGAGAAAGAGCUAGGGGCCCCAGAGGUUGAGGCAGAUGCCAGCAGCAUCCCUACAGCUCAGUCUAAGCCCGGCCCAGUCUCCAUGAGGGACGCCUGUGGAAGGAUCCGCCUCCAAGGAGCCAUCCUACGGACAUACAUUUGCAAUGUCGUCUUCAAGGCACUCUUUGAGGUGGGCUUCAUCAUGGCUCAGUACAUCCUGUAUGGCUUUGAGCUGAAGCCUCUUUACACCUGCAGCCGCUGGCCUUGCCCAAACACCGUCAACUGCUACAUCUCCCGGCCCACUGAGAAAACCAUCUUCAUCCUUUUCAUGUUGGCCGUGGCCUGCCUCUCCCUCCUGCUCAACAUGGUGGAGAUGUACCACGUGGCCACCACUAAGUGCAGGCAAGGGCAUGCGCCAAAGCUUAGUCCAGAGAGACAGCCAGAAGGAGGGGCUGCUAGCCCUCACCCCCUGCACCUGCCUCAUUGCCCCACCGUCACAGUCCCCAACAGCUUCCCUCUGCAGCCUGGCGAGAAAGUCAGUCUGGGCGCAGAAGGGGUGAACAAAAGCGCCACUUGGAGUGGAGGGCAGAAGCGAGGCAGCAAGUCCAGCAAAUCUAGCAGGAAAUGGAGGUCCAGCGACCUGGCUGUUUAGCCAAGGGACCUGGCUAGCCCCCACUGGGGUUAAGUCCAAGAAGACCUAACUGUUUGCACCGGCAUCAAAGAUGCCACAUUGAACCAGAAACCCGAUCCCAAAUCUCUGCCAAGGCCCAACCAGAGAGAUUCAGAAGCAAAAAAGGCAGAGGUGGCAUUAAGAGUCCUCCUCUUGCCCACAGUGCACACAGUGACGCGUCCACACCAGUAGGAGGAGAAGCGUCAUAACUACCUUUCCAA